GACGUCAUGCUGUAAAUAAUGACAGCUUUGCCAAGCAACUGGAGCCGCUGGACCAAAAAUGGUGGAUUGCUUCCGGGAGAAAUGCGAUCAUGUUUUUGACUUCAUGCAUGGUAUCUUCAUGAUUCAACUAAAAAUAUAUGUUAGUAAGCUCAAUCUUGUAUUAUGGAUCCAGGCUAUGUAACACAAACUUAUGAUAUUUGAGAGAAGGUAGAAAAAACCCACCUCAUUCUGAGCUAGGAGACCAUACCAUCGCCAUGGCUACUGCCGCUCAGAGAUCAGCCAAUAAGAAAAAGAAGGCUGUUCCUCGAGUAGCGCCAACACUAGACCCAAAAGCAGAGAUAGAGAGACCCCCGUCGGUAGCAUCACACAACUCAUGGUUAGCAGGAAACAUUGACAGUGAAGAGGUUGACAGAGUAUCAACCCCAGUACAACACCUUACACCUGUAUCAGGAAGCCUUACAUCAGUCAGAGAAUUUGAAAAUGAUGGCCAGGCAAAUGAAAAUCGUCCAGUUUCACCGAGGGCCACUAUUCCAGGAAGUAGGCCACUCUCACCGCGGUCCCCCAGCCCUGGGAACCUAUUGGAUAGGCCCACAACACCAAGCAGUGGAAGAUUAAGUCCUCUGGAUGGCAUUAUGGGUAAAAAGAAGUCAAAGGUCAUGCCCACAGAGGAGGAACUGCCAAACGCUGAUUUGAUACGUCAUACUCCAGAGCCUAUGGAAGCAUGGAGUGAUCAAAGCAUGGCUGACCUCAACGAUGAUACAGGACGUCAUCGUCCCAAAACUGCAAAGAAUACCCGAACCAACUCUAGGACACGCACCCCUGGUGAGGGAGGACACUCUGGGAGUGUUCCCAGCAUGCACUCUGUCAUCAGCGUCAAGGAAGCAUCAGAGGACCACAGGAUGAACGGUGUCACGGAAGGUCAUAGGUCACUUGCUCUUAUGCCUUCGACGAGUGCAAGACAUGAAGAAGACAACCGUAGCCUUGUAUCCACGACGUCCCGUUCCCGUAUGACCCUUCCUCAGAUGGAACAUGAGCAGCAAGCUUACGUCCCAUUUAUCUACGCAAGGGACUGCAUCGCGAGGGUGAUGGAAGAUAUGAAGAAGAUGAAGGGGAAUCACAUCCGCAUAGUUCAUGAAAUUCAGGACAACUACAGACAGAUUGAAGAUCAAACACAGGAUCAAUUCAAUGUGUUUGUCAUCAAUCUGAGAUCACAGUACAAAGAAAAGGUUGUGACCUUUAGGCAGGUGAUCGAAGUGCACCGGAAGGAACUCGACAGUCACAAAUCAUACUGGGAACAAACUCUGAUGAGUUUGAGUCAACGAAACAGAGAAUUAAUGAAAGAGAAGAAGAGAUUGCUUAUAAUUAACAAGGUUGAGAUCGAAAGACUGGAAAAAGAAAAGGAAGAAUUAAGAAGUUCCUUGACUCAUCAAACAGAUAAAGAACACCAACAGGUCACUGCCACCAAGAAGGAAUUAGAGGAAUCAAAUGAAGAAAAGAAGAUCAUCCAAGAUGAACUUCAGAGUGAGAAGGAGGAGGUGAAGCGGCUUCGUGCAGAACUUGAGGCAUUGAAGUCCUCCUCGGGAGAUAUGGUGGUACCAGUCGUUGCAGGAGUCGAGAGGUCCUCAUCGAGGUCCUCAUCAAGGGUGGAUGUUGCUCCCGUUCCAGUGGUCAUCGGUGGAGGCGGUCUCGGGGAAGAGGAGAGGCAGCGACUUCAAGAUGAGAAGGCAGAGAUGCAAGAGAAAUACAUUGAAUCACAGAAGGAAUAUGUAAUACUACAAAACAAGUAUGCCUCGCUGGAAGCCCAGUUUCAGAUGGUUGCCAAGGCAGCAUCGGAUGGUAACAAGAUGGAUGAUCAGAUAGAGAGUCUAAAGAACGAUCAAGAAACGAUGAGGCAGGAGGAGGAGGAGUUGACGGAAGAGAUUAGUAAAUGGGAGGAGGAUUUCAAAGAGAAGAAUGGCAGGGAGCCGACAGAGGAGGAGACGCCUAUGAGUGUGAGGGAGUUACAGACCCAACUAGAUGAGGUCCAGAACAUGCAGUCUGACCUCGGGUCAAAGGUCACAACCCUGACCGCUAUCAAGGAAGGUAACAUCCCGGAGCCAGAACCUGUCAGUGCCCCAGAACCGAUCAUCAAAACUGUAGAGGUGACAGUGCCCGAUCCAACAACAGUAGCAGCCCUUGCUGCAGCACAAAAGAAAAUAGCAGAGCUUAAGGCUCAGGUAACAGGUUUGGAGAAAGAGAUCAAGAAGGCAAAGAAGGAGAAAACAAGUGUGACAAGAUCCAAGAAGGAUGACAAGGAGGAGAGAAAUCUGAGAUUGGUUCUUCAAGCAGUUCUUAAACAGGUACAUGAAAUAAAUGAUGAAGAAAUCACGCCAAAGGAAAGAGUAGCAACAAGACUUGAAGAAGCCGAGCUAGCCAACCCUGGCUUGUUAGAACAGAAAGACAAAGCCAAAGAAGAUCCAGAUGGAAGUGACUCCCUCACUGCAACCAGUCAGCAGGUUCUUUCUAACGAGAUGGAUAUUUUAGCUCUUAGUAUGAUACAGACUGGAGUGAUCCCUGAUGAGCUUGGUGGGAUGAUAACACCACAAGUUAUCGUUGCUGGAGGGGGAGGAGAAGGAGGUGUCUCCAGUGAAGAGAUGGAGGAGCUGAAAGCCCGCAUCACGGAGCUGGAGGAGGAGAAUGAGUCCCUCACGGACUCCAACAAGGAGCUGGAGGAGGCCAAGGAGGACAUGGAGGAGAAGAUAGAGGAUCUGGAGGCUAAGAUUAAGGAACUUGAAGAAUCAGGAGGAGCCGCUGGCAGUGGAGCUACUGCAGCUUUAGCCAUGGCCAAUCUUGACCUGGACGAUGAUGAUAUGGAAGGUAUGAGUGGUCAGGUGACUGCCCUUCAAUUGAAGAUGGACAGCCUGGAGAAGGAGCUCCAGAAGGAGAAAGAAGCCCAUUCCAGGACCAAGGAGGAGGUGGAGACCCUCGAUGAGGAGAUAGAGAGACUCAAGGCGGAGAAGGCCGAUGACUCCGCCGGUGGGGAUGCAAAGGUGGAAGCCGCUAAAGCAGCACUGGUCGCAGAGAUGGCCCUGCAGACCAAGCAAAUUUCUGAUUAUGAGAAGAAAAUUAAGGCAUUGGAGCAGGAUAAGUUGAAGAAUGUCCCACCUGACACUGCCAAAGAGAUAAACAGUCUGUACGACAGAGUGAGAGAGUUAGAGAGAGAAAGGGAUGCAGCUCAGAAGGAGGCCAUUGCCAAAACAGCAGAAGCUAAUAAGAUAAACGUUGACUUUGUCAGCACACAGAAGUUCUUGGAGAAAGAAAGGGAGGCCAACAAGAAACAUCAGGCAACACUGAAGGCCAAGAUGGCUGAGAAAGACAAGCAUGCCAAGGAGCUAGUAGCGAACACGGAGAAGAAAUACAACGAGAGGCUGGAGCAGAAUAAGAACCAGAUCACUGUCCUGGAGAAGAAGGUCAAAACUCUCUCGGCAGCUGGAGCUGGAGCAGGAGCCAAGGCUGGAGCAGCCAAGAGCGAUGCAAAGACAGAGAAGAAGAUCCAGAUGCUGCAGGAUCAGAAUGCAGCCCUAAAGAAGCAGGUCCAAGAAGAACAAGCCAAGGCUAAACAACUCAAGGAUGAUGUCAAAGAAGCUAAAGCAGCUGGAGCAGGAGAUAAAAACGCAACUAAGAAGAUUGAGAAACAGAUCAAGGAUUUGGAGAAGAAACUGGAAAUGGAGAUGAAGAAACAUGAGAGGGAAGCUAAGAAGGCAACAGAAUUCGAAGCAGAACUCAAGACAACUACAAAGGAUAGAGACUCGUUGAAGGAUGAGGUUGCCAAACUUACAGCUCAGAUAGCAUCUUUGGGCGUGGCUGCGGAGGAGGCAUUAGAACUCAAAGAGAAAUGUACCACGCUUGAGAAGGAGAAUAAGGAACUACAGAAGGAGCUGAAGGCUGCCAAUGAAAACUACAAUAGUGAGAGGGUGUUGAGGAAGAAGUACUACAACAUGGUCGAGGAUAUGAAAGGCAAGAUUCGUGUUUACUGCAGAGCAAGACCCCUCAGUGGUUCAGAGAAAGAAAGGGGCAAUUAUUCCAUCAUCAAAGCUCCCGAUGAAUACACGAUUGAUAUUGCAUCAUCAAGAGGCAACAAGGAGUUCCAGUUUGAUCACAUUUUCAUGCCAGAGAACACGCAAGCGGAUAUCUUUGAGGAUACUGAUCGCUUGAUCCAAUCAGCGGUGGAUGGCUACAACGUUUGUAUCUUUGCCUAUGGUCAAACCGGCUCAGGAAAGACCUUUACUAUGAUCGGAGACAAAGAACAGAAGUUCCCUGGUAUAGCUCCAAGAGCCUUCAAGAAAAUCUAUGAGCUUAUUGAAGAAAACAAAUCAAAAUUUUCAUUCCGUGUCUACACCUAUAUGCUGGAGUUGUACAACGACAAGUUGAUUGAUCUCUACAAUAAAACAAAAGGAGAUCCUCCCAAGUUGGACAUCAAGAAGGACAAGAAGGGUAUGGUGUACAUCAAUGGCUCUGUGAUCCAAGAGGCCGGGAACUCCAAGGAGCUCUAUGGUCUCUUUGAAGAGGGUUCAGCCAACAGGCACGUCGCUUCGACAAAGAUGAAUGCUGAAAGUUCUCGUUCUCAUCUUGUGAUUGGGGUCAUUAUUGAGAGUACUAAUCUCGGGACUGGAGCAGUAGUGAAAGGCAAGCUCACCCUGGUCGAUUUAGCUGGAAGUGAGCGUUCAGCAAAGACUGGGGCCACUGCAGAACAACUGAAGGAAGCUAACUCGAUCAACAAAUCUUUGAGUGCUUUGGCUGAUGUGAUCUCAGCGUUGUCCAGCGAGCAGUCCUUCAUCCCGUACAGAAACAACAAACUCACUAUGCUCAUGCAAGACUCCCUCGGUGGCAACGCCAAGACGCUCAUGUUCGUCAACAUCUCACCCGCAGAUUACAAUGCAGAGGAAACCGUCAUAUCUCUCACGUAUGCAUCCCGUGUGAAGCUCAUUACCAAUGAUGCAUCAAAGAAUGCAGACAACAAAGAAAUUGCAAGACUUAAGGAUGUCAUUGCCAAACUCAAGAAGGGAGAGACAGUGGAUGAAGACGAUAUGGAAUAGUGCUUUAAAACAACUGAGCAACGUGUAAAGCUGAUUCAGAAGAGGAUAUGGGUGGGUUUGAAACUUCAUUCAGGUUGUGAAGUUAUGUCAGUCCAACUGCAAGGGUAACAUGAAAUGAGAACAUCAUGACUCGAGUCAAUUAGUUUAAACACAAACGUUCUUUGUAUGCCGAAGCAUACAAAAGCUGUUUGUGAGUUACCCAAGACCACGUUCUAAAGUGCUCUGAAAUUAGAUUUUUGCAUCUGUAUGGAAUUUUUUCAUCAAAAUCUUAUCAGGGUUUUUUAAAGGAAAUUUAUUCCACUUUAUUGAAAAACCGGAGGAAGGGAAAAGUUGCUCUACAACUGUGGGUGUGUUUCAGAAAGAGUCAAGUGUGAAUUCCUGAUGCACUCGUGAUUUUUUUUGGGUAAUCUUAUUGAUCAGUACGCAGCAUGAUUUGACCAAUGCAAUGAUGCCUACUGUGCCGCGUGCAACUGGGAGUUUAAGUGCGACUCUAAUUCACACUUAAAUCUUUGUUACCCAUCCUAAUUUACACGUGUCCUUCACGGACAUGUGUUAGUGAUCGGCUCAAUCACAAAGAUCAAUUCACACUUAAAUCUCUGUGACCCCCAACCGAAACCCUCGGUCUUUGUUAGUGUGGAAAGUCAUGCAUAACUUAUGAACAUCUUUUUGGAAUUGAGAAUGUUCAGCUGUUAUUACUGUCGUAAACUUGGUUCCUAAAGAAACUUCAAACUUCACAAGGGCACUGCACAAAUUCCACUCAUUCAAAAUGAACAAUAUUUUUAUGCAGGCUAGCUUUAAUAAGCUUCACGAGGCAUAUGAGAAUAUUUGAGAGAUUGGUUCAAUCACAGAGAGGUUAUAGCCCUUCACAUCAAUUGGUUUCAGAAUCCAAUGUCACAAAAUGGCAAAAGAAACACCAAUGAAAUUAAGUUGGGAUUAAACAAACUUCCUAUUUUAUUUACAAGUCUUUCACGGACAUGUUUUAGUGAUUGGCGUAAUCAUAAAGAAGCUCCAGGAAAUUAACAUCAAAAUUUUAAAUGAGUGGAAAAAAUCGCACACAAUCCUUCACCCUGGGGAUGUCCCGGUAAGCGGGGGAUAAUCAGCCACACACGGACAAACACUGUGUUAGAUUGUACCCUGCUUAUUGGGAAAUGCCCCGGGAUCUGUGUGUGGCUGUGUGAUUGUUUUGAUGAUUUUAAUGAUCUUUUUAUAUCUAUUGAUUUAUUUCAAUGAACAAAUUAUGAACAAAUUACUUCAUAUUGCUAUUUCUUUUUUGAUGCAAAUAAUUUGUGAGUGUAAAAAAACAUACUUUAUAAUCAUGUGGAAAAUAAGACAAAUGUAUUCAGUUCAAUAAAAUUGUGCCUUUAAUUUAUUGCAAUCUCUGUAUUUUUAAAUAUACCUGUAUAUAAAUCUGAUAAAAUUCAUCUGUAAAAUUAAUUGCAUAAAUGUACAUAUAUGUAACACAUAAAUUAUAUGUAAAUGAAAAUCCAAACUGUAUGUACAUGUGGAGAAAAUAAAUGAUAUUGAAAAUAUGAAUAUAUAUAUAAUCUAUACAAAGAAAUUGGAAACUGUAAAUACAUUUACAUUGAGGAAAAUAAAAUCACCUGAAGUCUUUAAUUAAAAUAAUGCAUAGUAUUUAAAAAAACUAAAGUUUAACAUGAACAUCUCACCUACAAUCCAUGAAAGGUUGACAGAUCUUAAUUAAUAUUACUGUGAAAUAGACUAUUAGUAAUGUUACUUCAGUGGUAAAAUGUAUUGUUACAACAAUCUGACUUAUCAAACAAAUUUUCUUUAAUAGUAAUAAUAUGAGCAUGAAUAUAUUUUUUAUGUAAUAGUAAUAAUAAUAAUAUAAACAUAUUUAUGUAAAUGUACUUCAAAAAUUGGUAACAUUAAUUCAGCUGUGCUGGCUUUGGAGCCAUUAUUGUAUAGCCAUUAUCUUUAAAAAUUGUUUUAAACUCGGAAUCCAGUUAAUAUGAAAUGAACAAAACAAAAUCAACCAAAUUAUCUACUUCUCAUUUGAUGUAAUCAAUGGAAGUUAAUUAUUGCAUCUAAAAGGAAAUUUGGAUAAGGAACAAAUAAGAAUGAAUGUAUAAAGUUCAAAGUAUUAUACAUAUAAUUAUCCUUAUCAACAAGUAGAUAAUUACAUAAAAAUGAAUAAAAUUUGUAUUCAAAUAAAUUAGAUAAAUUAGAAUAUACAUGUAUUCAAAACUGAUCAGGUUUUCAAAUAAAUAGAUAUAAUAAAUGUUGAAAAGAAUAAAAUUAAACAAAUAUAUUUCCUGAAAUGCAAUUAUGAACAUUCAAUUAUUCUACUUGUAGACAUCUUUCUAUGUACUUUUGAAUGUAUAUUUUACAUGUUUUCAAAUUAUAUAUUGUCAUUUCAAUGUAAAAUGUUUAAUUUCCGUCCAUUUUUUUCAAACGAACUGUAUUUCUGUUUUUAUGCUUAAUCAAAUUCGUCCAUGUUUAUCAUUCUUCAGUACUUUUCAACUUUUUACCUUGAUUGUAAAUGUAAAAGACAUCUUUAUAUUGUGACAAAUUUGACUUUUUGGUAGCACUAUUAACUUGAAUAGCAAGAAUGUCGUAGAAGUCAUUGAAAUCAAGUGUGCCUUUUUGUGUGUCUUCAUCUCACAUUUCUUUUUGAUAGGAUGUUGCAUUUUAGUGUCAUGUUUUGUGCUAUGAAGAAGACAUCCAAAUAAAGAUUAUUCUUUUCUACACUGUA